CCCGUAUUGGGUUUGAUACUGAUUGCGACGUCCUAUCGGAUUUCUGCGCCCUCGGAAUAUAACUACUGAUUUAAAUCUGCCCCAAUAGCCAUUUAAAACUACUAAAAUUAGGCUUAUUUGCGUCACACUACCCGAGCCGAAUGAUCGAAAAUGGCGUCCAUAUGACGCUAUAAUGGGACGAGUUAGUUGCACGGGGUUGCGUAAAAGUACGGUGCUUGCCAUCUUGUUGUUAUGUAAAAUCUAUGGGUGAUCACUGCAAUAGAUAGGUAGAAAAUAGAAUCCACUACAAACCAUUUAACUCUAUUCAGAACUCAGGUGAUCACUGCCGAUUCUUAUGGCGACGGUAUUACCAUCAGGGGCGAUAGAGAUACCCAGAGAUGUUUUUGAACGAGUUCUGGAGUUCGCCGAUUUAGCUUUAGGGAAAUAUUUUCGGUACCGUACCGGUAUUCUAAAUGAUACUGGUACCGGUUUUGUCCAAAUUAUCAACUUGGCAAGCGAAUUUGUUAGAAAAAUAUUUUAUAUCUGACAAAGCAGAUGAAUGCAAAAAGGGAUAUAACACACAAGAGCCGUUAGCUUCCUUUUUUGAAGCACCUGAAGCUGAAGCACAUAUCAAGGAAAUUUGAUUGAAAUGAAUAAAGCUGCUGGACACAGACUCUAGUCUUGGGAAGAAAAUAUUGCGAUCCGAUCUCCCCAACAUGAAAACGAUGAAUUGCGACAAAGUUUGACCGACAACCAGAACGCAUUGGAACUCAUCAUGACCAAGUACAGACAGCAGAUGAUGAAGUUUACCGAAUGAGUACCAAAAGUAUCAACAUUUUUCAAAAUUCCAGGGAUCAUGUCAGCGCUGCUGAAAGUCUUGUCGAACAGGCUUCAACUCUCAAGAAAGAUAUGGAAGCGAGAAACACAUAUCAAGAAAAUUUGAUUGAACUGAACAAAGUUGCUGGACACAGACCAAGGUCUACUUUAGUCUUAGGUAUUCAGCAAGAAAAUAAUGCAAUUCGGUCCCUACAACAUGAGAACGAUGAAUUGCGACAAAGUUUGACCGACCACCAGAACGCAUUGAAACUUAUCAUGACCAAGUACAGACAGCAGAUGAUGAAAUUUACAAAGCACCAAAACAUCCAGAUCACUGAAAACACUUAUCAAGCAGAAAAACAAUAUCAAGAAGAGAAUAUGGAACUCGUUGAUAAGAUCCACGAGAUGGCUGAUGUGAUGAGGCAUUCUGCGGAUGUUGAUGAUGAGCAAUAUUUCAGAGAUUACGAAGAAUUAUUCCGAUGGCAAACAGAAAAUGACAUUUUAAGAGAAAUGCUGAUGAUAUCUAAGAGUUCAUUUGGAUCAAGACUUAUAACCACUGAACAGCAAGAUUCUGGAAAGGCUGAAAAACCAGAGAAUGAAUCUAAAAUGGUGCUCACUGACGAUACUACUAGUGAUAAGACAGUUAUACAUGAGGGGGAAUCCCCCUAAGACUACUCCCCAGACAAUUAUUACAUUACAAUAUGGAGGAAGU